AUGAGUGCAGGCCUGAGCAAGGCCACAUCCGUCUCACCAAAAGCCUCAGCGCAUUCUGCAGCAGCUGCAGCAACACCAGCCGCAAAUAUCCCAGCAUCUUCACCACCUUCUACUACUACUUCUACUUCUGCUGCUAACACUAUUACUACCACAGCUCCAACUACUACUACUAAUAAUAAUAAUAAUAAUAAACUUGCACCUUCUCAACAAUCUACACGCGUCAAACUUACUCAAACAAACUCAUCCUCUCUUGCUCAACCUUCUUUGCAACAACAGCAUCAGCCCGCGCCUGCACCCACGGCUCAAACUUCAUCACGCCGUCACUCUUCUUCUCUCGCUGCAGCAGCUCCUACAUUACGAACCCCAGGACAUCGUCCUUCCAUAGUUACCACUUCCACAAACCCUACAUUGACUGCUCCUUCUACAGGCCCUCUCAAUUAUUCAUCCCCAACCUCUCAUCCUGCACAGGGUCAUGCCGGCAGUACGCGCAGCUCAGGUCGUAGGUCUCUUGGAGAAUCUCUCCUUCGCAUCUUUUCCUGCUUUAGCAUAUCCCGCGACUCUCACCAGUCCCACCACCAUGCCCAGCGUUUUGCUUAUUCCAGUUCAUCUCCUGCCUCAGGUAAUGGUGCAAACGCUUCUACUGCCAAUGCUGUCACAUCUUCUCAAGGUCCUAUAAGAACUCCUCCCACGCGUCAGACCCACCAGCACCCAUCACCAUCUCAAACAGCCUCCCGCGCUCAGACUUCAGCUAAGCGCUCCCAUUCAAUUUCUAAAAAACGCUUGGCUACUGCUACUACUUCCUCUAAUACUAAUACUGCUGCGUCUAAACCAUCUACUAAAUCUACAUCUGCUGCUGCCGCCGCUACUACAUCCCUUAGACCCCCUGAAAAAUCUCACACGCGAUCAAAAUCAGCAGCCUCUUCUCGCUCUACUGCAUCUUCCGCCUCAACUUCCUCUUCCUCUUCAACUUCCUCUUCCGCUUCAACUUCUGCCGCACAAACCCCUUUGCAUCCAGACGAGUCGUACGAAGCAGAAAUCCCACCCAGACAUGCUUCUCCAGCCCUUCCAUCGGUUUCAACAGCCUCCCCUCAUGGCAGCAUACAACCUCCAACUACCUCCGGCCGUUCUUCUCUCGAACACACUAGAAAUCUUCUCCACAGAGCCCGUGAUAAGUUAUCAGAAAAGUUUUCUGAUGACCAUACUCCAGACUCUACCGGUGAAUCUUCAUCUUCUUCAGGUACCGCAACAACUACUUCUUCUUCAACAGCUGCAACAACAACAACUACAGUAGGUGCAGCAGCAGUAGCAGCAGCGUCAGCAGCAGUGACAUCAUCGGCAGCAACAACUGCUGCUGCUGCUGCUGCUGCUGCUGCUGCUUCUUCAGCUUCUUCUUCUACACCCACUUCUCAUCUCCAACCAACUUCUACAACGUCUUCAACUAUUUCAUCAUCCUCUACAGACUCUCAAAAUCAGUAUGAAUACGAGGAUUAUCCCCAGGUCCAGUACAACCCCGAUGAAAAAGACGACGGCUCCUAUUACCCCUAUGAAGGCAUGGUUAAUGAAGAGGGAUACUUACUCUCUACCCUUGGUCCCGAGGCAGCAUUACUCAAACCCGCCACGCCGGAAAUGUCGGGCCGGAAAUGCCUUGUGCUUGACCUCGAUGAGACUCUGGUUCACUCUUCUUUCAAAUACCUGCGCAGGGCUGACUUUGUUAUCCCAGUGGAAAUUGACUUACAAUACCAUAACGUAUAUGUCAUUAAACGCCCCGGAGUCGACGAGUUUAUGCGCCGUGUCGGCCAGCUUUACGAAAUAGUUGUCUUCACUGCGUCUGUGUCGCGCUAUGGAGAUCCGCUGCUGGACCAGCUGGAUAUCCAUAAUGUCGUGCACCACAGACUUUUCCGUGAAAGCUGCUUCAACCACCAAGGCAAUUAUAUUAAAGACCUCUCAGUUCUUGGUCGGCCUCUUAAGGAUACCAUCAUUAUAGACAACUCUCCAACAUCCUAUGCUUUCCACCCCCAGCAUGCUAUUCCGGUCUCGUCUUGGUUUUCAGAUGCUCACGAUAAUGAGCUCCUAGAUAUGAUUCCCUUUCUCGAAGACUUGGCAUCUGACAAGGUCGCUGACGUGUCUCUCUCGCUGGACGUGAAUUACGACGACGACAUGAUUGAAGAAGACGAAGAAGUUCAAGCAGAGGGCGCGCGACACCUUGUUCAUAUGCAAUUUGAAGAAGAACGGUAUGAGGAAGAACAACGUCAGCAAGAGGAAGAAGCUGCGGCUGCUCUACAGCAGGAACAGCUACAAAUUCCUCAAGUUGACGAACCUUCGGAUGACGGACCACCUAUUGUUAUCCCAAGGAUUUCAGGUUCUUAA